AUGGGAGCAGAUUUCAAAACGGAGGAGAAUGGCGACAGCCAGAUCUUUUCGCAACAAGAUGGCAGCCCAAUCAUUGAUCAUGAGCUUCCUCCCCUUCGAUCAACCACGGAGCGCAAGUUGAUGGCCAAGAUCGAUUGGCAUGUUCUACCUUGUCUCUGUGUACUUUAUCUACUGGCUUUCCUGGAUCGUGUCAACAUCAGUAAUGCGGCUCUCUUGGGUCUUAAAGAUGACCUCGAUAUCGCGACCGGCAUGAAGUACAACAUCGCCUUGACCAUCUUCUUCGUUCCAUACAUCAUCUUCGAAAUUCCCUCGAACAUCCUUCUCAAGAAGUUCAAGCCGCACGUUUGGUUGUCUCUCUGUAUGUUUGGAUUUGGCCUUGUAAUGGUUUGUCAGGGUCUGGUCCAGAAUUGGGGUGGCUUGAUGGCUACUCGCUGGUUCCUUGGAGUCUUCGAGACUGGCAUGUUCCCCGGAUGUUUCUACCUCCUCGGCAUGUGGUACAAGCGCAGUGAAGCUCAAAAGCGUUUCAGCUUCUUCUUCAGCUCUACCACACUUGCCGGUGCCUUCGGUGGUAUUCUUGCCUAUGGUAUUUCGAAGAUGAAGGGAGAUCGCGGUUACAAUGGAUGGCGUUGGGUCUUCAUCAUUGAAGGCUGUAUCACUUGCGUGGUGGCAUUUAUUUUGUUCUUCACCAUGCCUGACUUCCCCGAGGAUUCCAAGUGGCUGACUGACGAGGAACGUGAAUUCGUUCGCGCGAAAUUGGCAAAAGACGUGGGCAAGUCAGCUCACCAUGUCGACCUGGGAUGGCGUCAGGUUGUAGAGGUCUUCAAGGACUACAAGGUCAUCAUUGGAGGUUUCAUGUACUUCGGCCUGAUCGUCCCUGCAUAUGGAUACGCUUACUUUGCGCCCUCAAUUAUCAAGAGCUACGGAUACAGCUCUGCUGUGGCACAACUAUACUCCAUCCCACCAUGGGCAGCAGCUUUCUGUUUCUCCAUGGUGAUCGCAUUUUUCUCUGAUCGUCUGAAGCACCGUUUCUUAUUCACCAUAAUCCCCAUCUGUAUUGCCAUUGCUGGCUUUGCCAUGCUUAUCGGCAUUCAUGGCCACAGGGAUGCCGAGUAUGGUGCGCUCUUCCUAGUCACUAGCGGUGCUUACAGCGCCAUGCCUGUCGUCGUCUGUUGGUUUGCCAUGAACCUUGGUGGUCACCACCGACGUAGCAUUGGCACAGCAUGGCAAGUCGGCUUCGGCAACAUUGGUGGUAUCAUUGCUACCUUUGCCUUCCUGUCGAAGGACGCACCGGACUACACGACGGGUUACAGCAUUUGCAUUGGCUUCUCCUGUCUCUCGAUCAUUUCAUGCGUGAUUUAUGUGAUCGCCAUUCGAUAUGAGAACCGCAAGCGUGAUAAUGCUGCAGUCAAUCCCAACGAGAUUUCUGCCCAAGAGGAGGAGUACCUCGGUGACCUUGCACCUACCUACCGCUACACAUACUAA